AUUAUUUAUUGCAUUUACAAAGUCAACAGCAUGCGUGCAGCAGAAGUCGGUUUCAGUACCAUGGAGAGCAGCAUAAUCUCAAUGUCGUAUUUCUGUAUCACUUUCGACCCUAAAAGCAACGUAAACUUAUUAUCUAUUUAUAUAUUUCCAAUAAAGACUCAUUUAGUGCUGACCUUUCACAAAACUAGCAUUUAGCUUAUGUAAUUUGUCGCUUUUGGUUGUGAAGCACCUGUGAAAUGUCACGUGUCACGGCUAUUAUUUGAUGUCUGAAAAAGCAAAACACAAACUCAUGACGCAUCUCAGCUUAAAAUUAGGCUUGCAUUUACGCAAGACAUUUACAUAAAGUCCAGCACGUCUGUAUAUAAAUUGCAGUGCUGUGGCCCCACAGUGAAAAUAAGAGAGUUGGACUUCGACACAAGAAUAUUUGGAUAUAUUUGUUAUAGAUAUAGUGGCUAAUUGUUUAUCUGAGACUCGAUGAAGACGGACAGUAUGGUGCAGAAUAUUCCGCUGAGCGGCAGAAAGCGCAGUCUGAUCGAGGACGCGCGGCGCGACAGAGAGAGCGGCUCCUCUUCUCCGGGCCCCUCGCGUUGCGGGGACAGCUUCGUGUUUGAGGAGGAGAAGAGCGGCAAAGUCACUCUAAACAUUCUAUUUGCUCUCAAAAAUGAGAAAAACGCAGGCUUCUUUAAGGCUGGCAAAGUCUUUGAGACUUUUGAAGCCAAGCUCCUUCAUUUGGAGAGUCGACCGAGCAGGAAGUCUAAGAAGAGCGGUGGAGAUGAUUUGGAGUUUUUCAUGAGGUGUGAAGUGCACUGCUCCGACACCGACGUCUUCAUCAACUCCUUAAAAAGAGUUGCAGAUGAUGUGAGAAUAGUGCAAGAGGAAAAGAUUCCAUGGUUUCCAAAGAAGAUUUCUGACCUAGAUAAAUGCAAUCAUCUGAUAACAAAAUAUGACCCUGAUCUGGACCAGGAUCACCCUGGAUUCAGUGAUCCAGAAUACAGAAAACGAAGAGGAAUCAUUUCAGAACUGGCUUUCAACUAUAAGCAUGGUGACCCUUUACCUGUAGUGGAGUACACUCCAGAGGAGACUGCCACUUGGAGGGAGGUUUACAGGACUCUGAGCAGUCUGUAUCCCACUCACGCCUGCAGACAGUUUCUAGAAGCUCUUGGCCAGCUAGAAAGUGAAUGUUUGUAUGGGGAAGACAAGAUCCCUCAGCUAGGAGAAGUUUCUGCAUUUCUUAAAGAGAGGACAGGAUUUCAGUUGCGGCCCGUGGCAGGGCUGCUAUCUGCUCGGGACUUCCUAGCGAGUCUUGCUUUCCGGGUGUUCCAGUGUACCCAGUACAUUCGUCACCCUUCAGCUCCCAUGCAUUCCCCUGAACCUGACUGCUGCCAUGAGCUGCUUGGACAUAUUCCCAUGCUCGCAGAUAAAGAAUUCGCUCAGUUUUCACAGGAGAUUGGACUUGCCUCGCUUGGAGUAUCGGAUGAGGAUAUUGAGAAACUGUCCACACUGUACUGGUUUACAGUGGAGUUUGGUCUCUGUAGGCAAAAUGGAACCGUGAAGGCUUAUGGGGCUGGACUUCUGUCCUCAUAUGGAGAACUUUUGUAUGCUCUUUCUAAUGAGCCCCAAUACAAGCCAUUCAACCCAUCUGAGACUGCGGUCCAACCAUACCAGGACCAGUCAUAUCAACCUGUUUACUUUGUGUCUGAAAGCUUUGAGGAUGCCAAACACAAGCUAAGGCAAUAUUCAUCUACAAUACAGAAGCCCUUCUCUAUUAGAUAUGAUCCGUACACUUGCAGCAUGGAGGUUUUGGAUGAGCCUUCUAAGAUCCAGAAUGCUUUAGGGCAGAUGAGGGAUGACCUGAAGAUCUUACAUAAAGCCCUGGAGAGGCUGGGACAGAAAUAAACCAGAGUGCGAGAUACAGUAUCAUCAACAACAGCUAUUUAUUUAAGGAAAGCUUAUCUGUAUGAAUAUGAAUAUUGCAGAUUACAUUGCAUGAGGUCCGGUGUUGAACUGUGUAUAUGUGUGUAUGUGUCAUUAUCACCUUCAAAUGUAAUCGAGAGAGUUCUGUUUACCAAAAUAAUAAAUAUCUUUAUUUUGAC